AUGGCCACUACCGAUCCUUUCAUAGAGAAGGCCAAUCGUUUUGAAGCUAAGGUGAAGCGCUUGAUAAAUAGCUUCCAAUUUAACCCGAGUGAAGAAAGGAGCUGUGACACAUCAUUACUCUAUCUAUUGCUACAUUCAAAUGUCGAUUGCACGUAUGAUGAAAUAUCUGAAAUCUUGCUGCUCGAUAUGUCCAACAGUACUCACCAAAUUCUUUUCAACAACAUAAAACUGCUGGUUCAUUCGGUUGCAAAGGAGAUUUAUUUUUUUACUGGACUUUCAAGCUUAUGUGAAAUUAGUCUCACUGACAUUAAAGAAACUUGCUAUGUGUUAGCAGCUUCCUUCAAAUUGGUUUUUUUUGCCCCAGUUAUUAAAAAGAUUUCUUGCAUACGACCUCCUUCUAUCGGAAGCGGUACAGACACCAGUAUGAUAUUGGAAGAUACACUUACCGCUAUGGCCAACGGGACGAGCUACGAUGCUUUAGUUUCACUAGCAGGCACGCUAUUUACAAGGGCAAAGUCGCAAGAUAGGAAUGACACCCUCGUUGGUUCUAAGGGAGACUCAAAGGAUUAUGAAGAGGUUAUAUAUUUUGUCAGCUUAUUUAACCAAAUGUGGAUCAUUGCACUAAUGUUGAAAAAAGAAUACAAAACUGUCGUGCAAGAGAAUACAUAUCGAAGAUGA